AUGAUCAACCCACUCCGGCAGACCCGUGUCCCUCUUCGCUUGCCCCUUCGCUUGCAAGCUUUGCCUCUACGCCAGGCUAGAGCUUUCCACAGCUCCCCCAACAAGAACAACCUCGCCAGAGUCACUUCCGAGUCUCAACAAACCCAGCAGCCACAGGUGCCUGCUCAGGAGUUGCAAAAGGCUGUUCCUUUGACUCCUCCAUCCUUCGCUCACCUCAAGGAUUUCUCCGUUGGAGAGUUGUUCUCCUUCAUGACUAUUGGUGCCGUUGCAUCCCACAAGUCUCUUUUGAACUUGGCCAUCAAGGCUUUCCCUUUCGUGCCUAUGCCUGUGAUCAAGGCUUUGGUCUACAACAUCUACUGCGGUGGCGAGAACAUCGAAGAAGUUAAGCAGACCGGCGCUAGAUUGGCUGAAAGAGGCAUCAACAACAUGAUGCUUUCUUUGACUAUCGAAGCCUGCAACGGUAACGACAACAUCGACCCUGACUUCAUUGUUCAGCAGACCCAGCACUCUGUUGACGAAAUCUUAAUCCCUCACACUAUCUCCAUGCUUGAGACUUCCGGCAAGGAUGUCAACUCUGUUCCUCCUGGAUAUGUCGCUUUGAAGCCUACUGGAUUUGUCAAGAACGCCGCUGCCGUCUUGAAGAACUUCGACCAGCCAGAGUACAAGGCUGAAUUCGAGGACUUGGUUUCUAAGGUCUCUGCCAUCUGCCAGACCAUUUACGACUCCAACCAGAGAUUGGCCCAGUUGUACCCAUCCAGAGUCGCUCCUUUCGCUGUCGGUGUUAUUGACGCCGAGAAGCACGAGCUCCAGGAGGGUGUUUACGAGCUUCAGAGAAGAUUGUACCAGCAGUUCAACAAGUUGGACGCUCCUGUUUCCGUGGUUGGCACUUUGCAAAUGUACUUGUCUGAGUCUUCUGACCUUUUGGCUAAGGAGGAGAAGUUGGCCAACGAGAACAACUACAGAUUGGGCUUGAAGUUGGUCAGAGGCGCCUACAUUCACUCUGAAAAGGACCGUGCCACCGUCAUCCACAAGACCAAGGAAGACACCGACAUGAACUACGACCAGGGUAUCUCCUACUGCAUUGACUCUAUCUUGGCCCACCAGGGUAACGAGUCUACUAUUGGCCACUUGGUGGUUGCUUCUCACAACGCUGAAUCUAUGAAGUUGGCUACUCAGAAGACCUACCAGAGUGAGUUCUCUAUUGGUAACAAGAACAAGGCCAACAUCUGCUUAGGCCAGUUGUUGGGCAUGGCCGACUCUGUCACUCACGACCUUAUCUCCAACGACAAGGUCGACAACAUCAUCAAGUACGUUCCAUGGGGCCCACCAAAGGAGACCAAGGAGUACUUGUUGAGAAGAUUGGAGGAGAACGGCGAUGCCGUCAAAAACGACAACGGCAUUCCUUUGGUCAAAGCAGCUAUUCUGACCAUGUUCAGAAAGAUCUUUGCUUAG